CUUUAGUAUCAGAAGAAGAGUUCUUCAACUGACGGCUGCGUACAAUCUUGGCAGGAUGUCAUCAGGAAGCUCCUCCAGUCUCGGCGGCUUUGCUCAGGUCACAGAUCAUCUGUUCAUCGGCACCAGCAAGACGGCGAGCGACUCCCGCAUCCUCCAGUCUCUCCACAUCACCUGCAUCAUCAACUCCACCCAGAACACACACAGCAGCGACACACACCUGCCGUCAGCACACUACAUGCAGAUCCCCGUCCCCGAUGACCCCAGCUGCAGACUGAGUGAGUAUUUCCACAGUGUUUCUGAUAAGAUCCAGCAGGUGAGCGAGGAGCGCGGCCGUGUGCUGCUUCACUGUAAUGCAGGAGUGAGUCGCUCGGCGUCUCUGUGCUUGGCGUUUCUGAUCAAACACCACCGCCUGACGCUCAGAGAAGCUCAUCAGAUGCUCAAAGCUAAAAGACCAAUCAUCAGGCCAAACAAUGGCUUCUGGAGUCAGCUCGUGGAGUUUGAGUUAUCAAUACACGGGAGAAACACUGUCAGGAUGAUCGACUCACCUGUCGGGAUUAUUCCAGAUUUAUACGAGAGGGAAACUAGAGGAUUGAUUCCACUUUAGGAAGGGACUUGUUGGUGUAUUUGUAUUUUUGUUAAUGUUGAUGUUAUGCAAUAAAUGGCCAGUAGAUGGCAGAAUAAUA